ACGGUGAGUCCAAGUUCAAAGCUAUGUUUCUUUUGGAUGAGCCCUUUAGAUGACGAGUCUGAAUCUGCUAGCGUGCGGUUUCCUCACGACAGUACCUAUGACGAGUCUUUCAAAUUUUACCAUUCAUGCAUAUCUGAUAUUUUUCGCUUUUCUUGUCGAGCUCUUGCAAAUGCAUCUUACUGACGAGAACUUAUCCCAGAUUCCACCAUCGCAAUGCCCUCUGCUGUCGAUGAUGAUUGGUCUGAUUCCGAUGAUGAGAUCGGUUCAGAAGUAGAGACGGCGGUGUUGCUAGGCAUCCCCGAUGGCAUAGUGGAGACUGAGACUGAUAUCAAGGAUGCUGCGGUUUCUCGCAUUGGCGGGCAUCCUGCAAUGUUGCCUUCGAGAGAACCCUCAUUCUCUUCAUCUCAAUGCAAGAUCUGUUCGUAUCCCAUGGAAUUACUUGUACAAGUCUGGUGCCCACUCGAGGACAGUCCUAUGGAUAGAGCAUUGUACAUCUGGGGAUGUUCCCGAAGUGCAUGUCAAAGAAAGGAUGGGAGCGUUCGUGCUUGGCGAGCUCUGAGAUACAACGUAGAGUAUGCGGCGAAGCUCGCAAAAAAGUUGGCGAAGAAGCAAGCGCAACAGAAGACGACUUCACCUGUGAAGACUGCACCAACAACCAACCCGUUUUCAAUGCAGGCGGGAUCUGCUCCUAGUCAUUUUGGAUUGGGUGAUCACAUUUUCGGACAGCCAGCUCCCAUAGUCGCUGCCCCCGCGAUUGAAGACGAGCCAGAGGAUACAAGUGACGUGGAAAGCGUCACAUCCGAAUCUUCCGCACAAUCAUUAAUUACUGCGAUAGCAUCAACCACGAUUGAUGAUUCACCAUGGCGGGCUGCUCCGUCAUUUCCUCCUCUGUACCUUUCAACGACCUCGGAAUAUUUACCUCCUCCGCCCAAGACCAAAAUCUCUCAGAGUACCCGUAUAGAGGAUCCUGCAGAUGACGAUUCUAAAGACGGAAAGGAUGUGAGCUGGGCAUUCGAACCAUACGAGAACUCCUUGGAGGUGGACGGUAUAUUUGAUCGGUUCACGAAGCGAGUGAGCAACACAGGAGAACAAUGUCUCAGAUAUGAACUGAAAGGCAUCCCCCUGCCUUUUUCUUCGGAUAAAGUGUUCGACAGAUUAUUCCCUGUCCCUCAUCAGGACCCCCUCCCAGUGACAAAGGCUACUUUCAAGGUCGUCCCUGCUGUUAGACGUUUAUACAGCACUGUAUCAAUACCCCCGUGCCCGGCGUGCAAGGCCGCGCGCGUCUUCGAAUGUCAACUUAUGCCCAACCUGAUCAACGUGCUCAGGACCUCGAUCAAGGAUGAAGACGCGCAGAAUUUGACAGACGAACAAAGGAUGAAGGUGGUACAGGAAGUGCUGCAGAAAAAGGCUACGUCUGAUAAGCGAGGUAUGGAGUGGGGCACUUGCAUGAUUUUUUCGUGUGAAAAGGACUGUUGCCUUGAUGACGACGGUGGUGACAAGGAAUGUUGGAGAGAAGAGUUUGUUCUCAUUCAGUGGGACGACUGAAUGUUAAGAAGUAUUGUAUAUUCCCGGUCUUGAUUACUUUGCAACACAUGCAUUUGAUUGAUCCUGCUUGUCGGGUCGUUGAGGACAAUAAUUGAAUCACUUAA